AUGCCUGUGGUUGCUGGUCCUCCCGCUCAGGCUGGCCCAGGGGGCCCCUCGACCUUCGACAAGAUGAAAAUGGGUUGCAUGAUGGGCUCCACUGUUGGUGGUAUCAUGGGAUUCAUUGUCGGAACCGUCACCAUCUUCCAGUACGGUGCUGGCCCCAACGGUGUCAUGCGGACACUCGGUAAAUACAUGCUGGGUUCGGGUGCGACUUUCGGCCUGUUCAUGUCCAUCGGUAGCGUCAUCCGCAACGAGGGACCCAAGAACGACCUCUGGCUCCGUGCCCGAGGACCUCCGAUGAUGCUCCCCCGACAGAGCCCCCUCCAGCCAAUGCGCCAAUAA